CUGGUCUUAAUGUCCUUCCCGUCAGUGCCGUGUAGUCGCUGUAUUCAGGGCAGGAGUAGACUCGGCAAUGUGAGUUAAAAUAAAGUUAUAAAGUUAUAAAGGAGCAGAAGAAUGUCUGUGUAGUGCUUAGGGGUCUGUUCCGGGUCUUUUGGUUUGACCAAAUUCUACAUUUAUAUACUGGAUAUUUUCAUACGUGGCGUGUGGUGUGCAGGACAAGCGGAAACACAAUGAAGUACAAACAGAACCAGAUGGCAAAGGCACUGUAUGACAACGUGCCCGAGUCUCCAGAGGAGCUGGCAUUCCGCAAAGGUGACAUCCUGACAGUGAUCGAGCAGAACACGGGCGGUCUGGAGGGAUGGUGGCUCUGCUCACUGCACGGGCGCCAGGGCAUCGCUCCGGGAAACCGCCUCAAGCUCCUCGUCACCCCCACAUUCGAGGGUAACAUGACAUCCACGCCCUUAGCAUCACCAAACUUGGCCCACCAGCAGCAGAGGCCCAGAACACCCCAGGGCAUGUACCAGCCCAUCCAGGGAAGCCAAACACAGGGCAUCUACCAGGUGCCCCCCAGCCAGGAUGUGUACCAGGUCCCACAGAGGAGCGCACUGGCAGCUGAGGAGAUGCCAGGCAAGGUCAUGACUCCGACACGAGUUGGACAGACCUACAUUUAUACCCCUGCACCCAGCAACUCUCAGGACCUCUAUGAUGUUCCUUCCAUGAGAACUCAAGGGGUGUAUGACAUUCCAGCUGGUAGAAAGAAAGGAAAGCACACAAGUCCUCGUACCCAGGGUCUUUAUGACAUUCUUCCAGCACAGGACACAAGGAAUCAGGGAGUGUAUGAUAUCCCACCUCCAUCACAAGGGGUUUAUUCUGUACCACCUUGUAAAAGUAACUCCAAUCAAGAUGAAGGCAAUUAUGACUUUCCCCAGCCUCACAAAAAGAAGCCAGAGGGUGUAUACGAUGUUCCACCUAUGUCCUUGUCUAAAUCCAGCCAAUUAAACUACGAUUUCCUUCCAGCUAACUGCAGCAGUGCCAUCUACGACAUUCCCCCAAACCAGCUUAAUUCUGGAGCGUCCCAAGAUUUAUAUGAUGUCCCACGUGGGAUUCAGCAGCAAACACAGUGCAGGGAACGUAAUCACAGCAAGGGAAUCUAUGAUGUCCCACCCCCUGAUUCUCGUUUGAUGGCUGAUGUGACUGAAGGCAUGAACCGCUUAUCGUUUUCCAGCACAGGAAGCAGCAUGUCCACUUCUUCAUCUUCGGCUGGCACUCCAGCAGAUGGCCGUCUCAUGCUUGACCUAGAUUCCGCCUUACAGAAAUUCAACCACCUACAACAGGGCCUGGAGUCCUCGCUCUCCUCUCUCUACACCCUGACCUCCUCACCCAGCUGGAGAACUUACGGCUUCAUGGAGCGCUAUGGUAAUGAAGUGCGCUCCACUAUGGAGCGUGUUCGUAGCACUCUGGCCGAAUUCCUUGCUUUCGCUAAAGGCACAGCAGCCAAUGCCACCACGCUAUCGGACCCGGCACUGCACUCGAAACUGAGAAAGCAGCUGCAAAGGCUGGAGGAUUCGCAGCAGAUCCUGCAGCAGAGCCUGGAAAACAGUAGCUGGGCUCUGGCGACCGUCAAGCAGCAGAGUAAAAUUGACGAACUAGAUCGCUUUGUUAUGGUGGCACACACUCUUCCUGACGACACCAAGCAGCUGGUGUCCACUAUAGGGGGCAAUGCAGAGAUGCUGUUCCGCAGGGCACCUAUAGAGGGUGUUGUUCACCCUUUUACAUGCAACCCAAUCGAAGAGGAGAGCCACAGUGGCCAAACCAAACCGUUUCCUGUGGUUCAGGACAGCGAACAGUGUGUGAAAAGCUGGAUGGAGGACUACGAUUAUGUCCAUUUGCAGGGUAAAGAGGAAUUUGAGCGUCAGCAGAAGAAGCUCUUAGAAAAGGAGAACAUUAUGAACCAGAGCAAGGUCAAACUGGGACAGGAACAGCUGAAUCAGUUCAAGCAACUGGAGCAGGAGGCCAUUAAACCUGUAGAUAAUGACAUCACCCAGUGGAUCUCACAUCAGCACUCCACAGGCUCCUCCUCUCCAUCAGACUCCUCCUCCACAUCCUCCAUUGGGAGUGGAGCUCACUUGUGCGGGCGUGACCGGCAGCUGCUGGCCUUCUACGGUGAGCAGUGUGAGCAGCACUUUGUGACUCUCCUGAAUGCUGUGGAUGCCUUCUUCAGCUGUGUGGCGGCCGGCCAGCCACCACGGAUCUUUGUAGCUCACGCUAAAUUCGUCAUCCUCAGCGCUCAUAAGCUUGUAUUUAUUGGAGACACUCUGUCGCGGCAGGUCACCGUGCCUGAUGUGGCCAAUCGGGUGAUGGACUCGAGUAACGUACUGUGCGAGCUGCUCAAAACAGUGGUCGGUGCCACCAAAACGGCAGCCCUGCACUACCCCAACACACCGGCGGUGCAGGAGAUGGUGGACCGGGUCACGGACCUCUCACAUCAUGCACAGCAGUUUAAAAUGCAGCUCUUACAAAUGUAUGCGUUGUGAUCUGUUAAGUUUGUGUGUGUGCAUGUGUGUGUGUAUGUAUAUGUUAAAUAUAAAAUAUUAUAUAUUCUAUAUGUAUGACGUACAUUGAGAAAUGCUGGCUUUGUAAAUAGUAGUGUUCAGUAUCCUGUGUAAAUAUUUGUUUAGAUGUGUUUUAUAUAAGAAGAAUGGUAUGAUAUAACUGUAAGCAAGUUGCUUUCUAUAGCAGUAAUGCUAACAUCAAGAUGUUUUUUGUUUUAAUGAGCACCUUAUAAACCUGCUCUUAUGACCAAUAGUCACAGCUGCUCCUGCUGCUGGAAACGUCUCCUGUACAUUUCUUGAAACUUGCCUUUUUUUUAAAAAAAAAAAAAAAAAAAGUAAAAGACUCAUUUAGCAGA